CCGCCGUUAUCGAUGCAUGGCGCGCAACAUCCCAGGCUGGCUUUGCGCCGUCAUCUCUGUUCCACCAACUCGCAAGUGCAGCGAUACUCCCGGCCCAUCAUGCGCAUGCUCAGCUGGUUUCGUCCGCCGUCAGCUCCAGACGAAAUCUAUGCGUCCAGUCUCCAGACACUCCAUCUGGGUCACGCCCUCUGGUACCCCGAGCCUCAUGGGACAGGCGAGCUACAGAUUGGCGAUGUCGGCUUCGUGGAUGAGGGCGCAUUCAUCAGGCUGUUCAAUCUCGACACCUCCGUACCUGAGAAGAAGGUCACGUUCUGGGAUCCGCCGUUCGAGAUCACGGAGCCCGUGCCUCCUAGAGUAUUCAGGGUCGAUUCCAGGCCUAAUCCGCUCGUUCCAAAAGAUUAUCCCAGCCAUGGGGUAGAGAGCAAGCAUAUGGACGUCUCGGCAGAUAUGUGAGUGCACCAAUUCGU